AUGAUCGUCAACAAGAAGCUGGACCGCUUCAAGCAAUGGGCGGGGGAGCGCAUGGGAGGCGAAGUCCGGACCAACGCCUCCGAUGACUUCAAGGCGCUCGAGCAGGAGAUGACCGUCCGCUCUGACGGAAUGGACAACCUGCACAGGUCUAUGAGCGCCUUCGUCAAAUGGCUGUCCAAGCGCAACGAUGCGGGGGACAAGGAGAAGUACACCCCUGUUGGCUUCAUGGGCGCUACCAUGGUCAACCACGGCGAGGAUUUUGAUCCCGACUCGGAGUAUGGCGCUUGUCUGUCGACAAUGGGCCGUUCCCAUGAAAGAAUGGCACGCGCACAGGAGACCCUCCUCGCUGAUUCCACCUCGACCUGGCUGGAGUCCCUGGAACGCAAUCUUGUCCAGAUGAAGGAAUACAACUCGGCCCGUAAGAAGCUGGAGCAGCGUCGUCUUGCCUACGACACUGCCCUGAUGAAGAUGCAGAAGGCCAAAAAGGAAGACUUCCGUGUUGAGGAGGAGCUGCGCUCCCAGAAGGCCAAAUACGAAGAGGCUAGUGAGGACGUCUACCGUCGCAUGGAAGAGAUCAAGGAAGCCGAGAGGGACAACAUCGAGGAUCUGACUGGAUUCUUGGAGGCCGAAUUGGCCUACCAUGACAAGUGCAGAGAGGUUCUCAUGCAGCUGAAGCGGGACUGGCCUGGCUCCUCAGCUGGCGCUUCUGGGAACAGCCGCCGUGGGCCCAGGUCUCGUUCCAACACGGCUCAUUCUUAUAACGACCGGUACCAGGAGGAAGAAGAGCCGCCCAUGCCCGAACCCAAGCUUACCAUUCCAAAGCUUGGCUCUCGCGGUGUCUCUCCUCGUCGCGACUAUGGAGGGGACUCCCCUAAGCGCCCGUCGAUCAGCCGCACUAACACCACCGGAACAUUUGAGGGGCCGUCACGUCGUGCGGAUGACUCCCCUGGAGGCAUGCCACGACUUUCGCGUGUCCCUACAGACUCAUCCACCGUCGCUGCUAGUCGUAACAACUUGAGGCCUGUGCGCAGCCGCGGUGACGACUAUGACGACGAUGACCGCAGCGGUGGAAGGUCUUACGGCAGAGAGAGGUCCGUCUCUCCCGCGCCUAUACGAUCUGCUAGCUGGACCUCGGCUGAGGCAACUUCCCCGGCGAGCGGACGGAAAGGACCGCCGCCGCCGCCGCCUUCUCGUGCGAAGAAGCCGCCGCCGCCGCCACCGCCGAUGAAGAAGAGCGGCUUGAGCUCGUCCGAGAUGUCUCAGUACUAA